GCCAAUCUUGUUCUGAAUGUCCCUGACAUGAGAGGCUCCAGAGAUUCACUGAGCAUGCUCAGCCCCACUUCGCCUGCAGGAGAGAGGAAGCUGACUUACAUUGGAGUCAUACCAAGCAUAGGCUGCAUGUCAGAGCAGUGAACUUGCAGCGGGGCUGUGAGAACUGACUGGCUUUGUCCUUAGCACUUCUUUUUUUUCUCUCUCUUGGGUUUUUUUUUUCCUCCAAUUUUUUGAAAAUCUGCAAAAAAAGUGAACAGUCUGGCGUAGCUGAAGACCCCAGAGUUGCCAAAGCACAACCGUCAUCGCUCGCUCUAAACGGAUUCCCUGCUUAUUUUUUUCCCUCUCCCCUUCAUGUACUUUUCUCUGCUUUUGUUGUUGGAGGCUGGGCCUUUCCGUCUUGUGAAAUCUUAGGGAGAGCCGGGAGCUGAUCCCAAGCAGUCUGCCUCCUUCCUCUGUCCCUUUUUUCUCUGUUUUUGUUUUUUCAUUUUUUUUUUGCUGGGGAAAGCGAGAAAGCUGGUCUUUCCUGCUAACCCGAUAAAUGCUUUUUAUGAAGAUGGAUCUGUUGAACUACCAGUACCUGGACAAGAUGAACAACAAUAUUGGCAUUCUGUGCUACGAAGGUGAAGCGGCAUUACGGAGUGAUCCUAGAAUGCAGCCUCUUCAGAUGCCUACUACACUCUCCAAUCACCGGACGGGUCCUCCGCCGAUCAGCCCCAGCAAAAGGAAGUACAUGGACCAAGGAGAUGACGAACUAGACUGUGAAAAUGACCAUGUCUCCAAAAUGAGCCGAAUGUUCCACCCUCACUUAACGAAGAGUCUUAAUGGGGAUUACAGAAAAGAUCUGCGAGACCGAAGUCGCAGCCCGAUAGAGCGAGCAGCUGCACCGACAAUGGGUUUACAUGCAAAUCACCUGUACAGCUCGAUUCCAAGCAUCAGUAUGGAUCAACCUCUCGCCCUCACCAAAAACAGUGACCUGUCCCGAAACAUGGGGAUGACACCCACUAUGAGCCCUGUGGAACGACAGCAGAACCGGCCAUCGGUGAUCACCUGUGCACCAGCAAGCAACCGAAACUGCAACCUUUCUCACUGCCCCAUCGCACAUAGUGGUUGUGUGUCAGCCAUGCCUGCAAACUACAGGCGACUGUCAAACACUACAACGGCUUGUGACCCUGUGGUAGAAGAACACUUCCGCCGGAGCCUCGGCAAGAACUACAAAGAACCAGAGCCAGUUGCCAACUCCGUGUCCAUCACUGGCUCUGUGGAUGAUCAUUUCGCCAAGGCGCUGGGGGACACCUGGCUCCAGAUCAAAGCCGCCAAGGACGGAGUGUCCAGCAGCCCUGAAUCUGCCUCUCGAAGAGGCCAGUCUUCUCCUUCCUCUCACAUGGUCAAUCAUAAUCACUCCCCAUCUGUACUGUCAUAAAGAAAA